AUGUCCUCCAAAUACGCUUUCACCAAAGGCCUGAAGGAGCUCCGCUUCCUUUUCUGCCAGACCUCCGAGCAGAGCGCGGCCACACGGUCGUUCUUGCAGCGCGCAUAUCCCACCAUGAAGAAACACAACCCUCAGACACCCAUCCUUAUCCGGGAGGCGGCGGGCACCUCGCCUCGAGUAUAUGCUAGAUACGGAUUCGGAAAGGAGAAGCAGGAGGGAUUGUCCGGUCUUUCGGACCAGCAGAUCGAAGAGAAAAUCACUCAGCUUGUCAAGGAGACUUCAUAG